CUGAGUUUCGUUGGUCUCUCCUUCGGUUAACUCAGUAGCGCCGGGUUAUUCGACGCGGCAAGAGCUUACAAUUCUCAACCCUGUGUUUUUUUCCACUCUAUCUUAUAUAUUAAUCCUCCCCCAUCCACCUAUCCACCCAUCAACCUCUUCUAUUUAUUUUUGGAUAAUAUCAAUCCAUCAAAUUUAUCAUAAUACCUGAUCUUAAUCCUUACAUACGUUUAUUAUACGAUUUUAUUUUUAAUAGGAUCUUUUAAGUGAUUAUAGAUUAUAAACAAACAAAAUUAUGUUUAUCGAUAGUUAUUUAUUUGUUAAUCGACUGAACGGUACUUAUCGAUAAAUUUUGUUACCUUUUUUUCUUUUGGUUUUGUUUUACAUUAGAGGGAAAGAAGGGAUUGAACUGAUAGAUCGUAUGGAUCUUGUCGAAUAAGGGAGUUGCCCAGCCGCGAAAACGCGCAAAACCCUUCCUACCUUUAGCAACCUAGACGACCAACCCCUCCACUCUUUCUUUCUCUCUCUCUUUCUCUCUCUCUCUCUCUCCUAUACUUUACUACUCCUCUUGCGACUCCUCAACGCGCAUGAAAACAUCGGCGCGGCGCGUGCAAUCUUUGUAGUUGACUGGGUGACAGCGUGUGAUUUGGAUCCUACGGAUAGUUUUCUUCAGAGGAUUAUUAUACUAUUAUUAAGGAACGUGAAAAGUUAUGCCAGUGACGAGAGUGCCUAUCGUAAUUAAUCCUGAUGGUGGUGGUUGUGAUGUGAACGAUGAAUUAAAUCAUUCUAAUAUAUUCUCCGAACAGUGUUAUAAAUCUGACCUUGAUUGUGCUACUAUUUCUGCUGCCACUACUACUACUACUACUACUGUUACUAUUAAUUCUUGUUCUCGUGAUAUUAAUCAAAGUGGUUUAUUUUAUUCGAGGAAACGUACAAAUUAUUCCUCUUUGACUUUUCUUCCUAUCAACAUGAGAGUUGCUAUCAUCGGUGUUAUCGGUGUCCUCGUUGUCCAGUUUGCUGGUACACUUGGUAUAUCCAACAAAGAUGGCGACGUAAGAGUAGAAAUAAAAAUGCCGAGAGAAGCUGUCGAAGGUACUGCGAUCGAAUUAAGAUGCGAAUGGCGACUCAUGGGUGAAACUGGUCUUUACGCUGUCAAAUGGUAUAAAGAUGAUCACGAAUUUUUCCGAUUCGUACCAGCUAAUUAUCCCAAAAUACAAACAUUUUCUCAACCCGGUAUAAACCUUGAGAAAUCAAACAGCGAAAAAUCGAUAAGAUUGGUCAACGUUAGGUUGGCAACAUCCGGUCAAUACAAAUGCGAAGUGUCAACGGAGGGUCCAUCAUUUGCCUCAUUUGUCAAAACUGCCAAUUUAACUGUCGUAUCUCUUCCGGAACGAGGACCGGAAAUCACGGGCUUAUCCUCGCACUAUGCUGUUGGCGAAAACGUGACUGCCAACUGUACGGCUUGGCCUUCAAUACCAAAAGCCGAUCUCCGUUGGACUAUCAAUGGAGAAGCGGUGUCAGCAGAGAACACAAUACAGCAUCCACCGUUGGCUCCAGUCAAUUCCAAAGGUAUACCCAACAGCCUUGGUUUACGUCUGGAAGCAGAACCAAGACAUUUCGGUGGUGGUGGCCUGGUUAAGAUCAAAUGCAUCGCUGAAGUCGGUUCUCGUGCGUUCGAAGCUGAAAAGAGGGUCCAGAUGGCUUAUGUGAACAACCAGAGGCUGAGUGCUGGUGAUCUUCGCAGCAACAAAGCUUGUCGUAACGACGACCGAUUUCUCUAUGGUCCUCUUAUAUUUUCGAUCCUUUUAAUCGUCGUUUCAACGUGACCGAGUGAAACGUGAACAGAAUUAUUAAUUAUUAUAAUAAUAAUAAUAAUAAUCCGCGAGUCACGCUUUAACGCGUAUGUUACGUACGUCACGUUUUUGCAAAGCGGAUUCAGUGUCAGUCGUCCGAUCCUUUUCGUAUAAUGUUAACCUAGCCGUUAAGGUAUUAGAUCAAUGAUCUAAUUAUAAAAACCAACGACGAUGGGAUUUAUAUAUUAAAUUUUUGUUCAUAUUGUAUUUUUUUUUUAAUUUGUUUUAUUAUACUCAAAUAUUUUAAGAAUAUUUUUAUACCUUCGUAAAAAGUCCCACGUUUUAUCUAAUCGGUUGUUUCAUUUCUAUUAAUUAUUAUUAUUAUUAUUGUUUAUAUAUUAAUUCACUA